AUGUUUUUGCCCCAGAUUACUCGACCGAACAACUUCACCAUCAAACAUUACGCCGGUGAUGUGCUGUACGACUGCCAGGGCUUUGUGGAGAAGAACAAGGACGUACUCUUCAAGGACUUAGUGCUGUGCAUGCAGAGCACCGACCAGGACUUUAUCCUAGACCUUUUCCCGGAGGAUGUCGCG